AAAAAAGGAAACAGAAAACUUUUCUUUCCAUCAGUUUAACUUCUGUUGUUGUUGUUGUUACUUGUGACAAUUUUUGGAUAAACAAAAGGAGAGAAAACAUCCAAACGGAUUAACAAUUAUUACCUGUUGAUUAUCUUAAGUGGUGAUCAUCGAAAACGUUCAACGUUCCUUAAACUAUAAAACUGUGUGUUUGUUGGUGAAAAGCAACAAAAAGUUUAUCAAAUUUUAACUAAACAAUAUUCUAACUAAUCAUCAUGGCCGAAGAUCCAGAUCCAACUGAGUAUCUUUUCAUUUCUCUUGAACAAAAGAGAAAAGAUCAAACUAAACCUUACGAUGGUAAGAAAAUGGUCUGGGUACCCGACGAAAAGGAGUGUUACAUCCUGGGUAACAUCGCAUCGACCAAAGGUGAUAUUGUCACCGUCGAAUGUGGUAAAGGUGAUGAAAGACAAGUGAAAAAGGAUUUGCUUCAACAAGUAAAUCCACCCAAGUACGAGAAAUGUGAGGAUAUGUCCAAUCUUACAUAUCUUAACGAUGCUUCCGUCCUUCACAAUCUUAGGGAGCGAUACGUUGCCCAGCUUAUCUAUACUUAUUCUGGUCUUUUCUGUGUUGCUAUCAAUCCCUACAAACGAUUUCCCAUUUAUACUGGUCGAGUUAUCAAAAUGUACCAAGGCAAACGACGAAGUGAAAUGCCACCUCAUUUGUUUGCUAUUUGUGACGGUGCUUAUACCGACAUGUUGACAAACCGAGAAAAUCAAUCUAUGUUGAUUACCGGUGAAUCUGGUGCUGGUAAAACUGAAAACACGAAAAAGGUAAUUGCUUAUUUCGCCCAAGUUGGUGCAUCAAGCAAGAAGGAAGAAGCCAAAGACAAGAAAAAAGGUUCAUUGGAAGAUCAAAUUGUCCAAACUAAUCCCGUUCUUGAGGCCUACGGUAACGCUAAGACAGUUCGUAAUGACAACUCUUCUCGUUUCGGUAAAUUUAUUCGUAUUCACUUUGGUCCCAUGGGAAAACUGGCUGGUGGUGAUAUUGAGACAUGUAAAUCUAUUGGAAAGGCUCGUGUCAUCUCCCAACAAGCUGCUGAACGAUCAUACCACAUCUUUUACCAAAUCAUUUCCGGAUCCGUUCCUGGUGUAAAAGAAUUGUGUUUACUUAGUAACGAUGUUACCGACUACCAUUUCGUAGCUCAGGGUAAAACUACAAUUCCUGGAAUGGAUGAUGGAGUUGAAUUCAGUCUUACUGAUGAAGCUUUUGAUGUAUUGGGUUUCACUCUUGAGAAGCACAAUAUUUACAAGAUCACUGCAUCAGUUAUGCAUUUCGGUGAAUUGAAAUUCAAGCAAAGACCUCGAGAGGAACAAGCUGAGGCCGAUGGUACCGAAGAGGGUGAACGAGUUGCUCAUUUGUUGGGUCUUAAUGCCGCUGAUUUGUACAAGAAUCUGUGCAAACCACGAAUUAAGGUCGGUAAUGAGUUUGUCAACCAAGGUAAGAGUAAGGAUCAAGUAUCAUACUCUAUUGGUGCCUUGGCUAAGGCCAUGUUUGAUCGUCUCUUCAAAUGGAUGGUCAAGAAGAUCAAUGAAACUUUGGACACUAAGCAAAAGCGACAAUAUUUCAUUGGUGUACUUGAUAUUGCCGGUUUUGAAAUUUUCGAGUUUAAUGGGUUCGAGCAAAUUUGUAUUAACUUUACAAAUGAGAAACUUCAACAAUUUUUCAACCAUCACAUGUUCGUCCUCGAACAAGAAGAAUAUAAGAGAGAAGGUAUUGAUUGGGAAUUCAUCGAUUUUGGUAUGGACUUGCAAGCUUGUAUUGAGCUUAUCGAGAAGCCUAUGGGUAUUCUUUCAAUUUUAGAGGAAGAGAGUAUGUUCCCUAAGGCUAGUGACAAGACUUUCUUGGAUAAACUCAACACCAAUCAUCUUGGUAAAUCACCAAACUUCCAGAAGCCCAAACCACCAAAACCAGGUCAAGCUGAGGCUCAUUUCGCUUUGGUCCAUUAUGCUGGAACUGUACCUUACAAUAUCAGUGGAUGGCUUGAGAAAAAUAAGGAUCCUCUUAACGAUUGUGUCGUUGAUCAAUUGAAACAUGGUUCUAAUGCUCUUUUGGUAGAGAUUUUCUCUGAUCAUCCUGGUCUUGGUGCCGAUGAUUCAACUGCCGCUAAAGGUGCUGGUGGUAAAGCCGGUGGUGGACGUAAGAAGGGUUCUGGUUAAACUGUAUCUGGUUUAUACAGGGAACAACUUAAUAAGCUGAUGACUACCUUAAGAUCAACCCAACCUCAUUUUAUCCGGUGUAUCAUUCCCAAUGAAACUAAAACUCCAGGUUUCAUUGAUGCUCAUCUUGUUAUGCACCAGUUGACCUGUAACGGUGUACUUGAAGGUAUUCGUAUUUGUCGAAAAGGUUUCCCCAACAGGAUGAGUUACCCUGACUUCAAACAACGAUAUGCUAUUCUUGCUGCAACUGAAUUACCCAAGGGAUUUAUUGAUGCAAAAAUUGCAACAGAUAAAAUUCUGAAACACAUUAAUCUAGAUCAAGCUGAAUACCGAUUCGGAAACACUAAGAUCUUCUUCCGAGCCGGUAUUUUGGGUCGUCUCGAGGAGAUGAGAGAUGAGAGGUUAAGUAAAAUCAUUACAUGGCUUCAGGCUUGGUGUCGAUGGUGGUUUGUUAAGAAGACCUUCAAACGAUUACAAGAACAACGAAUUGCUUUACUUGUUAUCCAAAGGAAUCUACGUAAAUUCUUAACUCUACGAAAUUGGCUCUGGUGGAAAUUGUAUUCUAAGGUUAAGCCUUUGUUGACCAUGGCUAAGGUUGAAGACGAAAUCAAAGCCUUAGAAGAUAAAUUGAAGAAGGAGACUGAAGAAAAGGAGAAAGAAGCCAAACUUCGUAAAGAACUUGAAGUUCAAAAUGUUAAACUUUUACAAGAAAAGAAUGACCUUUUCCUUCAAUUGGAAUCCGAACGAUCUGGUGCUGGUGAUGUCGAGGAACGACUUCAAAAGACAAUGUCCCAAAAACACGAUUUGGAAGGACAAUUACAGGAAUUACAAGAUCGAUUAUCUCACGAGGAAGAUUCUCAUGCCCAGUUAUCUGGUACAAAGAAAAAGUUGGAAACUGAUAUCGCCCAUUUGAAGAAAGAGAUUGAAGAUCUUGAACUUUCUCUUCAAAAGGCUGAACAAGAUAAAGCCACCAAAGAUCACCAAAUUCGUAACCUUAACGAUGAGAUCGCUCAUCAAGAUGAGAUGAUCAACAAAUUGAACAAGGAAAAGAAACAUCUUCAAGAAUCUGUUCAGAAAACUUCUGAAGAUUUACAAGGUGCCGAAGAUAAGAUUAACCAUCUCAAUAAGGUUAAGGCUAAAUUAGAGCAAACCUUAGAUGAGUUGGAAGAUAAUCUUGAAAGGGAGAAGAAACUUCGAGCUGAUGUUGAGAAGAACAAACGAAAGAUUGAAUCUGACCUUAAAUUAGCUCAAGAAGCCGUUGCCGAUUUAGAGAAGAACAAGAAAGAAUUAGAAGGAGCCGUUCAACGAAAGGAAAAGGAAAUGGCCACAUUAUCCGCUAAACUCGAAGAUGAACAAUCCUUAGUCGCUAAACUUCAAAAACAACAGAAAGAAAUUCAGUCACGAAUUGAAGAGCUUGAAGAGGAGCUUGAAGCUGAACGACAAGCUCGAGCUAAGGGAAAACAACGAGCUGAUUUAGCCCGAGAGAUUGAAGAGUUAUCUGAACGUCUCGAAGAGGCCGGAGGAGCAACAACCUCACAAAUUGAACUUAACAAGAGACGUGAAGCUGAGCUUGCUAAGCUUAGACGCGAUCUUGAAGAGUCAAACCUUCAACAUGAACAAGCCAUGGCUGCCCUUAGAAAGAAACACAAUGAUGCUGUAGCUGAACUUUCAGAACAGCUCGACAAUGUAGUCAAGAUAAAGGCCAAAUUAGAGAAGGAGAGAGCAACUUUAGCCGCUGAGAAUCAAGAUCUUCAAGCCGUUGUUGACAAUUCCACUAAGAACCAGGCCAAUCUUGAGAAACAGAAUAAACAAAUAGAAAUGCAAUUAGGUGAAUUACAGCACAAGAUUGACGAACAGAACCGAACAUUAGGAGAUUUCGAUGCUUCCAAGAAGAAACUCGCCGUCGAAAAUGGUGAAUUACAACGACAAUUGGAAGAAGCCGAAUCACAGGUUAACCAACUUGGUAAAUUGAAGGCAUCACUCCAAUCACAACUCGAAGAAGCCAAGAGAACUGCCGAUGAAGAAAGUAGAGAACGAGCUGCAAUCAUGGGUAAAUUCAGAAACUUGGAACACGAUUUGGACGGAUUACGAGAACAAUUGGAAGAGGAAGCCGAGGGUAAAGCCGAUUUACAACGACAAUUAUCUAAGGCCAAUGCUGAGAUUACCGCUUGGAGAACCAAAUUUGAAUCUGAAGGUUUGGCUCGAUUGGAGGAAUUGGAAGAAUCUAAGAAGAAGUUACAAAUUAAAUUACAAGAAUCAGAGGAACAUAUCGAACAACUUAAUGCCAAAUGUUCAGGCUUGGAGAAGACUAAACAACGACUCCAAGGUGAAAUCGAAGACAUGUCAAUCGAAGUUGAAAAGGCCAAUUCAUUGGCUGCUUCUCUUGAGAAGAAACAGAAACACUUCGAUAAGAUUGUCGCUGACUGGAAACACAAGGUUGACGAUUUGGCUGCUGAAUUAGAUGCUUCACAGAAAGAAUGUAGAAACUAUUCAACCGAAUUAUUUAAACUUCGAGCCUUAUACGAGGAAUCACAAGAACAUUAUGAAGCCGUUAAGAGGGAGAACAAGAACCUUCAAGAUGAGAUUAAGGAUCUUAUGGACCAAUUAGGUGAAGGUGGACGAUCAGUUCAUGAGCUUGAGAAGAUGAGGAAGAGACUUGAAAUGGAGAAGGAAGAAUUACAAGCUGCUUUGGAAGAAGCUGAAGCUGCUUUGGAACAAGAAGAGAAUAAGGUUCUUCGAGCUCAACUUGAAUUAUCUCAAGUUCGACAAGAAAUUGACCGACGUCUCCAAGAGAAGGAGGAAGAAUUUGAGAAUACACGAAAGAACCAUCAACGAGCCCUCGAUUCAAUGCAAGCAUCUGAGGCUGAAGCCAGAGGUAAGGCUGAGGCACUUAGGAUGAAGAAGAAGCUUGAAUCUGAUAUCAAUGAACUUGAGAUCGCUUUGGACCAUGCCAAUAAGGCCAAUGCUGAGGCUCAAAAGACUAUUAAGAAAUAUCAACAAAUGAUCAAAGAUCUUCAAACAUCAUUGGAAGAGGAACAAAGAGCUCGAGAUGAAGCUCGAGAGCAAUACGCCAUGGCUGAGAGACGAUGCAAUGCCCUUCAUGGAGAGCUUGAAGAGUCUCGACAGCUUCUUGAACAAGCUGACCGAGCUCGACGAAACGCUGAACAAGAGAACGGUGAACUUCAUGAAGCUAACAAUGAAUUGUCCGCUCAAAAUGCAUCACUUUCAAUGGCCAAGAGGAAAUUGGAAGGAGAAAUGCAAGCCUUACAAGCCGAUCUUGACGAAAUGUUGAAUGAGGCUAAACAGUCAGAAGAAAAGGCUAAGAAGGCAAUGGUUGAUGCCGCUCGAUUGGCUGAUGAGUUACGAGCUGAACAAGAGCACGCUCAACAACAAGAGAAGAUGAGGAAAGCAAUGGAACAACAAAUCAAGGAAUUACAAGUUCGACUUGAUGAAGCUGAACAAGCUGCUCUUAAGGGAGGUAAGAAGGUUAUCCAGAAAUUGGAACAAAAGGUUCGAGAAUUGGAACAAGAGCUUGAAUCUGAGCAAAGAAGGCACGGUGAUGCUGCUAAGAACUUACGAAAGGCUGAAAGACGCCUUAAGGAACUUCAAUUCCAAUCAGAGGAAGAUCGUAAGAACCAAGAGCGAAUGCAAGAUCUGGUUGAUAAACUUCAACAAAAGAUUAAGACCUACAAGAGACAAAUUGAAGAAGCUGAAGAAAUUGCUGCCCUUAACUUGGCUAAAUUCCGAAAAGUUCAACAAGAAUUGGAAGAUGCUGAGGAACGAGCUGACAUGGCAGAAAAUGCUUUAGCUAAAUUGAGAGCGAGAAACCGAAGCUCUGCUUCAGCUAGUCGAGCCAUGAGUCCAGGACCUGGACUUCCAAAGGCACGGGCUCAGCAACAUGCAGACUAAAUUCCAUAAGAUUCAGGAUGGUCAUUUGCGAACUACAAAAGGACAUUCUGACCUUUUUCCACCUCUUUCUCUCUCACCACAACCAUCACCACAAAGAUCAACAACAACAACAACAACAACAACAACAAUAACAACAACAACCUCCCAUCAACAGCACCUCAGAUCGGAAAACAAUAAUAAUACAACAAGAAGACACACCGAAGCCAAAGAGAAAUUUAAAUUUACAUGAAAAUCCUGAGGUUCGCUGAAAAUUCAUAUUGGCCCAUUUUUUUCUCUCUCUCUUUCUCUCUAUCUCUCUUUUUCCACCCAAAACUGCUCAACCUUAUUCUGAUCAUGAUUAAGAUCUAAUUAGAGUAAACAAUCAACUUGCAAUCACAGUAACAACAACAACACAAACAACAACAACAACAGCAACAACAACGACAACAACAACAACGACGACAGCAACAAAAAAUUUACACCAACGAUAAUUAGUAAAUUGAAAACAUCGAGCAAGUUGUAAUUGAUUUAGAUUUUUAAUUGAUUGAUCAUUUUAUUUGAAAAUCAUCUUUUAAUUUAUUUGUGUCUCUUAUAUUUAAUAAUCAAAUUACAAUCGAUCAUUAUAAAAAAAAAACAAAACAAUUAAGAUCAAGAUUUUAUGGUGAACCAAAUUGAUUAAUAACAAUUGUAACUUUUGUCUGAAUUUGGAGGCUGAGUGUUAAUCGGUUAAUCCGAUUGGCAAAAUAUUUAAAAAAAAAAUUACAAAAUAAAACAUGAAGCAUUUUAGUGCAAUAUAA